GUAGAAACUUUUCCUCUCUUUUGAAGCACAAAACGAAAGUAAAGCGCGAUGACUGGACACUGACAGCAGUGCAGUCGCUAAGUGUUCAAACACUCGUGGGGACCAUCUACACCAAGGACUCCAACUAUAACAACAAAUGAUACAUAACUAUAAAACGUUAGAGAGCAUCCACUCUAGAGAAACGUUGAUCGUUCUACACCGAUCAAUCCACUGGUCAACGCAUCCUACUGCACGCUGAAAGGCCUAUUAAUAAAUCGAUUCAACAGCAUUUUAAGCCAUGGAUUCCACAAACUACAUCUCCAUACUGUGCGAGUAUGCUCAGAGACAACGUCAGAUCUCUGACAUCAAGUUUGAGGAGGUUGGAACAGAAGGACCGGAUCACCUGAAAACCUUCACUCUGAGGGUGGUGAUUAAAGGCCAUGCCUAUCCUAACGGGGUUGGAAAGAACAAGAAAGAGGCCAAACAGAAUGCUGCUAAACAUGCUCUGGCUGGCAUGAUGGAGACGACAGAGCAGAAGGAUGAACAUGCUCUGGCUGGAGUGGCGGAGACGACAGAGCAGAAGGAUGCAUCGGUUUCAUGUCCUCCGUCACCGGCUCAGUCUCCAGCCCCUCCUGUCCGAGCAGUUAUCUCCCAGCCCAACUACGUGUGCUGGCUGAAUGAACACAGCCAGAAGAACAAGCUGUCUCUGAAGGCUUUGGAGGAAACGCGUGUUGGACCCAACAACACCUCACAAUGCUGUAGGUAUGUGGUAGGUGAGAAAGAAUACCCAGAGGGCUUUGGGAACACGAAGAAGGAGGCUAAGGAGGAAGCAGCAAUGCAGGUCUAUCUGGAGUUAUGUGGCCGUAGUCAGACUACAGGGACUGCAGAUGAAAACUGCAAUGGCACCACUGGAAAACACAAGGAGGAAUUGAAUCCAAAGGUUGUGGUCCUCAGUGAGAAGGUUGAACACAUGAACAUGAGCCCAGAACAGAAUGUUCCAGCACGAUACAGCUUCAUUACAACAGAGGAGACCAACUUCAUAGGUAUACUCAACCACUACUGUCAGAAAACCAAACGGUUUCCUGACUUUAAACUGGUGGAGAAGAGCGGACCGUCACACGACCCUCAAUUUGUUUAUAAAGUAUUGAUUGACCAGAGAGAAUACCCAAAUGGUUUGGGUAAGACAGCCAAACAGGCCAAACAACAAGCUGCUCAGUUAGCAUGGUCUGCUCUUCAAGAACAGUCUGACUGGAACAGCCAGGUGUCUUGCAGAUCAACAGUUUCAGAAGAUGGAGGACUAUCCUCUCUAACCCCCUCCAGUACAUGGGAAUCCCAGGAUGCAACACCAUCAUCCUUGAGUAUUCCAGGAAGUACCAGUGAGUCCAUCAUAUUCGCAGACUCCGUUAACGUCAGCUCCCCCAAGCAGGUUGAAAGCCCUGUAAAUGUGAAGCCUAAAAUAAGACUAGCACCUAACUUCCUGAUGUCACCGGUCAAGACCAAACAGGAAGGUCCCGAUUUAAAAGGCAACAAUUUAGGAACCUUGUCAAGUGGAAGGACAUCCAACCAACCAAUUAAAUCUAGGUUUUUAUCAGAGUUUGAUUCAAUAGAGAAGAUUGGCAAAGGAGGCUUUGGCAACGUUUAUAAGGCGCGACGGGAACUGGAGCAGAAGUAUUUUGCCGUGAAGAUAGUACUGAGUAAAGGGAAAGCUAAGCGGGAGGUUGGUGCCUUAGCAGAUCUUCAGCACCCCAACAUAGUACGCUACUACACCGCCUGGCUGGAGGACACCGCGUACCGAUGCGACACCAACUCUGAGAGCGACACCACUUCAGAUUCAGGCAGCAGUUCGUCCUCUGAGUUCCUGUACAUCCAGAUGGAACUAUGUGACAAGAGGACUCUAAAAGUGUGGAUCGACGAGAGGAACGCUCAUCGGAAACCCAAACGCAGGGAGGAGAGUCUACACAUCACCCAGCAGAUAGUAAACGGGGUAGAAUACAUCCACUCCAAGAAACUCCUACACAGAGACCUAAAGCCUGCUAACAUCAUGUUCGGUAUGAGUGACGGAGAGGGGAAGGGAGAGGUAAAGAUUGGGGACUUUGGUCUGGUGACGGCAGAAGAUAACGACAACGAUGAGAACCUGCUGGAGAGAACGAAAAAGACAGGAACCAAGUCUUACAUGGCCCCCGAACAGAGGAACCAGACCUCCUAUGACAGAAAGGUGGACAUCUUUGCUUUGGGUCUGAUCUACUUCGAACUGCUCUGGAACCUGUCUGGGAUGGAGAAAGCAGAGGUCUGGAAUGAUGUCAGAAGCCAGAGUUUUCCUCCCCAGUUCAACACGCAGUUCAACUUAGAGAACAAGGUGAUAGAGUCGAUGCUGUGUGCCAACCCAGAGGAUAGACCAGAUGCCAGGCAGCUGAAGAUAAAACUGAUUGAGUGUUCUUGUGUUCUGACCAGAGAUCAAAACUUCCAUCAAGACAACAGAACAGUCUAAAGACAGUCAGUGGAAUUCAUAAAGGCUCUCGGAAUAGUAUUCAUUGUGAUAUAAAAUGCACAACUGAUUCUAGAUCAGUUCUCUACUCUGAGAGCUAUGAAUGCAUGCCCUGAACAUCCAACAAAACAACAAAAUGAUCUGAUCCUAGAUCAAAAUAAAUCAAAUCAAACUUUAUUUGUCACAUGCGCCGAAUACAGGUGUAGACCUUACCGUGAA